UAUUCUCGACUGAGAUUCAUCCCCCUCUUGGCCUGAUGGACUUUGCCCUUGACCGACAGGCCCAUGCUACGGGAGAAAACGUACAAGGAGAUUCCCUAGUAAACUCCAUGUCGACUCUACCUGUCACUCAGCCGACUGUCAUUUCUGAUGAAGAAGAGUUCGAGGACAUGGAUUCGGAAGCUGGAGACACCACCGAUGACGAGAUAUUAACCUCUGGAAUGCCCGGUUUACCACCAACUACCGUUGCACCCGAUGCGACGCUAACUCCUGCAAGAGUUUUAGCCACACUCCAUCCAUUCCCGCCGGUCUUCCCGUCACCAUCCCCUUCCAAUAUACUUGCAGUAGGAAAGACGACUUACCCAUGGGACUGUCCUCGACUUGGCUUUUUCAGAGGAGCAAACUUUGGAUCCAAGCGAACAAUCAUCGGCGAUGCUGACGGGAAACUUCCUUCGCCCUUCAGCAACCUUACUCCAGCCGCCCCA